AUGAAAGAUCCCUUAAAGCUGAUGUACGAUGUGUUGAAUUAUUAUCCAAUGUCUUCUAUUCUCGUGUUCGAUUUAUUACUGUCGCCCAAAAAUGAUGAAAGCCUUACUGAGCUCCUAUCUGGUUUUUUGGUUUCUGGCACUGACACUGUUCUGUUGGGUGACUUCAAUAUCGAAGUAGAUUGGCUGAAUUGUGUUUCGUUUAAUUUAGGUUCGAUGCAGUUUUUCAAAUUCUUCUGUGACUAUGGUCUAAAGCAAGUCGUGACUCAGCCAACCCUUGGUGGUCGUAUACUUGGCCUUACUCUGACGAGCUCUCCAGCCGUUUUGAAUGUCAGGACGCUUCCUCCCUUCGCUAUGAUCACUGUGUUGUGA